AUGAUGAGCUUCAAGCCUAGAAUGCGUCUCUUCUCCGUCCUGCGCUCUGCCCCAGCAGCUCGCCGCCGCUUUGCGACCGAGGCGCGGUUAACCUCGGACCAUGUUCGCAUCGUCGAGGUCGGCCCACGAGACGGCCUUCAGAACGAGAAAAAGUCCAUCCCGCUCGAAACCAAACUCGAGCUGAUCCGGAAACUGGCCAAGACGGGCGUGACGACAAUUGAGGCUGGAUCUUUUGUUCCUGCAAAAUGGGUGCCUCAGAUGGCCAGCACAGCCGAGAUCUGCGAGCAGCUGCUGCAAACCCCGCCGGAGUCGGCCAACGUCAUUGCGUACAACUACCUGGUCCCGAACGUCCGGGGCCUCGAGAACCUCAUCAAAGUGCUGGACACCACCGGCGUGCCCGCCGACGCCGCGGCGACCACGACGGAGAUCUCGUUGUUCGCGGCCGCGACGGAGGCCUUCUCGAAGGCGAACACGAACUGCACGAUCGACGAGUCGCUGGAGCGCGUGCGGCCGGUGGUGGCCCUGGCGAAGACGCGCAACAUCCGCGUGCGCGGCUACGUCUCGGUGGCGCUGGGGUGUCCCUACGAAGGGCCGGAGGUGUCGCCCGUCAAGGUGGCGGACAUCACGCGCUCGCUGCUGGAGAUGGGCGCCGACGAGGUCUCCGUGGCGGACACCACGGGCAUGGGCACCGCGCCCCGCACCAUGGAGCUGCUGCAGGCGCUCCACGCGGCCGGCAUCGCCAGCACCGACCUCGCGCUGCAUUUCCACGACACCUACGGCCAGGCCCUGGUCAACACGAUCGUAGGGCUGGAGCAUGGCAUUCGCAUCUUCGAUAGUAGCGUCGGCGGGCUCGGGGGCUGCCCCUACUCCAAGGGCGCGACGGGGAAUGUCUCGACGGAGGAUAUGGUGCACACGGUCCACAGUCUGGGGAUGAAUACGGGGAUUAACCUGGAGGAGAUGGCGCGGAUUGGAGCGUGGAUCAGUGGGGAGCUAGGGCGGUUCAAUGAGAGUCGGGCUGGGAAAGCGAUUCUGGCGAGGAGUGAGGAGGAUAAAGAAGACGAACCACCAAUGCUGCCUCUCCCCGAAGCGCCCGGAGCGCCAUCUUCGUCAUGGUCCCAGUUUCGUGGACGCCUUGCGGCUCUCUUCCAUGGAGCUGACCCAAGAGUCUGUGUUGCAUUUUGGCUCUUCGGCUUGAUCAACAAUGUCCUCUAUGUCAUUAUCCUGUCUGCCGCCCUGGACCUCGUCGGCCCCGACCUCCCAAAAGGCGUGGUGCUCCUCGCCGACGUUAUCCCCUCCUUCGGCACCAAGCUGGUGGCCCCGUAUUUCAUCCAGGCGGUGCCAUAUCCCGUAAGGGUCCUGGUGUUCGUCACCUUCUCUACCACCGGCAUGCUGCUCGUUGCCUUGAGCCCGGCCUACACGGACGGCGGCCCGAUUGCCACUAAGAUUGCAGGCAUCAUCCUGUCGAGUAUGUCCAGCGGAGGAGGCGAGCUCUCCUUUAUCGCUCUCACGCAUCACUACGGCCCGUUCAGUCUGGCCUCUUGGGGCAGUGGCACGGGUGCUGCAGGCUUGGUGGGUGCUGGCGCAUACGCUUUAGCCACCACCUCUUUCGGCUUCAGCGUUAAAGCAACUCUUCUGGCCUCGGCGUGCUUGCCGGCGGUCAUGGUGAUUAGUUUCUUCACGAUUCUACCACAGUCCCCGGUGCGCUCGUUCUCGGCGCGGAGGACAGGCUACGGUUCUCGGGAGGAGCACUCAGCCGAUGACAUUGAUGAGCGGGAGCAGUUGCUCGACGAAUCGACCGAUGAGAGCCAGAGUCAGAAAAAGCCAGCUUCCCACGAGACUGGCCUUGGAUGGCAGGCAUUUAAGGCUAACCUACAGCGAUCUAAGGGACUCUUUCUUCCCUUUAUGCUCCCACUGUUGCUGGUCUAUGUCGCCGAGUACACCAUUAACCAGGGUGUCGCACCGACGUUGCUCUUCCCUCUCCAAGAUUCUCCAUUCGACCACUACCGCGCAUUCUACCCAGCUUAUAAUGCAAUCUACCAAGUUGGGGUCUUCAUCUCCCGGUCUUCGACCCCCUUCUUCCGCGUCCAUAGUCUGUACUUUCCGUCCUUGUUACAAUUUCUGAACCUGAUCCUCCUGACGCUACACUCGUUGUUCAACUUCAUCCCCAGCGUGUGGUUGGUGUUUGGGAUCGUUUUCUGGGAAGGGCUUUUGGGCGGCCUUGUCUAUGUCAGCACUUUUGCUGAGAUCGCCGAUCGGGUGCCGGUGGAGGAUCGGGAAUUCUCGCUGGGAGCCACGACGGCGAGUGACUCGGGUGGCGUCUGCAUUGCCGGUUUUAUCAGCAUGGCCUUUGAGAGUCAACUCCUUCCAACCAACUCCUAUUCUCUCCUUCUCAAUCACUUCGUUAGCGGGUUAGACCAUCUUCUGGGAAGGCCGUCCACCAAAUUCCGAAAGAUUCAGGUCCUGGCCGUGUUCGCUUUCUGGUCGCUAUACUUGACAAGGGGAAACAAGCAUGGCCCACCCGUUGUACGCAAACUCUCCUCCCGCCUCACGGAAAAGCUCAGCGUCUGGCAAACUACGGUCAUCGUCUUCCUCUGGCUCUAUGUCAGUCGCAACUUUGCGAAGAUAGUCGGCCUCGAAUGUCCAGAGCCCCUGGCAAACCUAUAUUCGCGCUCUUUCUUCCGAGCGACAUGGAUCGCCACCGCCUUGGAUGCUGGUUUUUGGACCGCGAUGAAAGUCAAGCCCAAGUGGCUGCGGGAGAUAGCAUCGCUGGUCUUCACUAUGUACUAUCUCAUCGCCGCGGAGAGGGCGGAUGAAAAGGUCCGUCGGGUCCGGGCCACGCUGACACUGGACCACAUGCGUGUCUCGUGGAACAAAGGGACUUCGCCAUAUCUCUGGGCCCUAGCGAGCCUGACCCGUCCCAGACUCACUAAAUAUGCGCCUCGGGCGAUUCGCAUUCCUCGACCGGCGUCUUCGAUAUAUGAGCAGCCGACGAAUGCGUGGCUGUAUUUUGACGGCCCGCUGAGUGCACUGCGGGAUCAGACAUGCAUUGUGUUGGACAUCCCUGGCGGGGGUUUUGUGUCAAUGAGCCCUCGGAACUCAGAGGAUAGACUGUUGAGUUGGGCCGCGCGGACAAAGGUCCCUAUUCUAAGCCUGGACUAUAAGAAGGCGCCGGAGUAUCCUUAUCCGUACGCCUUGAAUGAAUGCUACGACGUGUACCACACGAUUGUGUCCACCCGUGGGCGCUGUAUUGGACUCAAUGGACAAACCCAUCCUCGAAUCGUCGUCACGGGGGAUAGCGCUGGCGCAAACCUCGCUGUAGGCAUGACGCUGAUGGUCCUCCAAUCGGGCAGUACGGAUGCGUCACUCUGGCAAGGGCAGAAUGUCCUCCCACGGCCUGACGGGCUAGUUCUAGCCUACCCCGCUUUGAACAUGAAGAUUGAAAGCUGGAUGACGGAGGAGCAAAUGGCGCUAAUCCAGGAGAAAAGCACCCGUCGGACCAACCAGAACGUCUUGCAGCGCAAGAACAUGGACUAUCAGCGCCUCACCCCCUUCACCUCUCCCGGUACAUCAUUUGCCGACCUCCAGCAAGACUCGUGCUCCGAUAUGGACCUUGAAGCCAACGACCUCGGCGAAAAGACGACGCGCAAACUCGCCCAGCACCGGCACAAAUCCGCCAUGCUGGCUCAAGAGGCCGAGGCCACCGCCGUCGCCGAGCACCAGCCCAAGCAGAUUCGCACUCGCCUAGCAGUAUCAUCGGUGAUCUCGUACGUCCAGGACCGUGUCCUCACCCCGGAAAUGAUGCGAGCAAUGAUCAUUCUCUACAUCGGACCGCAUAACCGUCCCGACUUCAACACAGACUAUCUCCUCUCCCCGACCCUCGCGCCGGAGGCGAUCCUUGCGCGCUUCCCCAAGACGUACAUCAUCACCGGCGAACGCGAUCCUCUAGUCGACGACACAGUGAUAUUCGCCGGGCGCCUCCGUCAGGCGAAACUACGACACUUCCAAGAACGACAGGACCUCGGCCUCGAGAAAUCCCACCGCGCCUUCAACGAGAAGGACCACGUCGAGGUCUCCCUGCUGCCCGGCGUCUCGCACGGCUUCAUGCAGAUGGCCGGCUUUUUCCCUGAAAGCUGGAAACACAUCAACCGAUGCGCCACCUGGAUCAGCGAACUCUUCGCCUUGUCGGAGACCAAACCCGCCUCCUCCUCGAGCCUGUUGUCAUCUCUCCACGAUCUCACCCAACCAGCCAAGAAGAAACCCCCGCCGCUCCACAGCCUCCAGCACCUCCUCACCCACCAGCACCACAACAACCACCGCACCCGCGCCCGCAACCACAGACGCCGUCUCACAGGCGAAUCCUCCGCCGACGAAGACAAACCCCUGGAGAUGAGCAUCACCAAACUCACCCCACUGACCCCGAUGGGCAGCAAAGCCGGGGGGAGGGCCAGCUCCACCGGCCCACCCCGUCCCGAUGACGACCAUGAAGCAUCCAUCCACAAUACCUCCCUUUCACAGCCCCAAUUACCAGUAAACGGAGACACGGGUAACCCUUACCGCCUUGGCAGCGUCUCUCGCGGCCGCUUCAUCAAUUCCCCCGCCGUCGGAACUAGAAGGCAGCACCGCGUGCCCGCCAAGCUCAGUCUCCCACCGGAGGAUUUCGAGUGCGAGGAAGAGGAAGAGGGACAUGUCUCGCACUACUUCCAGAGUCCCGUGGCGACCAUCCCCCUGCGCGAGAGGAAUCGAAGCAUGAACAGCCUGGCGAGCGAGGAGGAUCUGCUGGAUCGGCGCAUGACGGGGCUGGCCGGGGGGUUGAUGGGGAUCGGGGAGGGGGCACGGACGCCAUAG